CAGAACGCUGAUGAAGCAUUCUUGUAUCGGGUGACGAGCCGGACAACGGAGCGUAGCGCAGGACGCAAAAGCAAGCGAGUCAGUGCGGCUGUAGACCUCGGUCGUGAGUGAACUGGGAACCGCAUUGCCGUGAGACAACUGUGUAAACCGUCUCCUGCUGUCCAGGAUUAAACUUCAACACGAACUCACGACGUCGAUUUGCUCCUACGAUCAAAACUGCAACGACGAAGCGGAUGUUACUUUCCGGGACAAAGUAAGGCUUUCGACAUUUUUGGCCUCAGCUUCUGAAAGGGACGAGGAGCUCGCGAAUAGGCAGUGGCGUUCGUGAGAGCACGAAGCACGAAGGCGUCAUUCACAGCCCCGGAGUAGCUAGGAGCUGGGUUCGUUCUCCGUGACAGGUCUUUCGCACCACAUCCGUCGAGAUAUUUUAUUCGAACGAGAUUUUCAAGGUCACCCCAGGCGCGACUGAGAAGACUCGAGCGUCGACAUGUCCGGACGUGGCAGGCGGCGCGCGGCGAGCAGCGAGCCAAACCAGCCCUCCGGCAGCAAGGCCAAGCAGCAGGGGACGGCGUCCGUCCAGUCCACUGGCAUGUCUUCUGGGCAUCCUGCUAAGAGACGCGUCGAAUCGACGGAGACGGCACUGGAAGCAGCGCUCAUCAAGCAGCAGGGAGCCGAGGUGGCCCUGGACGCGGCCAAGAAGGGCGUCAAGCUCGCCGAGAUGGAGGCGGAGCACGCCAAGAUGUGCCUGGAGCUGGAGGAGCUGCGAGAGGCCCACGCUUCCUGCGAGGACGCAGCCUCAGCCGAUGCCGGUCCCCCCGCUAAGAAGCCGCGUGCGUCAGCACCGGACGCAUCAGCAGCCCUGCCUGAGCAGGAGCAGCAGCAGCAAGACCUCGGCGAUGUGGAGCAUGCCCAGCAGGGCCUGGAGGCCGCGCGGAGCCGACUGCUGCAGUUGUCGGAGAAGGUCGCGGAGCAGCGGAGGCUGCAGAAGGAGACGGCGUGCCAGCUGGCCGACCUGAGGAGUACUCACCGCGACUGCAAGGUGGCUGCGGGCGGCAAGGGGAAGGAGCUGAAGUUGCUGCGCUGCACGUCCCAGACGAUCGUCCAGAAGGCCAAGCGGAAGGCGUUCCUGUCCGCCCUCACCACGGCCCCCUCCAUCAAGUCGCUCUCGCUGCACCUGUUGAGAGACCGCGACAAGCCGCUGCCCAAGUCGGUGCUGGAGACGCUGCCCAGGGCGCCCGCCAGGAUCAAGCAGCUCUUGGUGACCUUCGGCCGGGACAGCGAGGAGGCCGUGCUGGCGCUGCUGCAGCGCUGCAAGGAACACCUGGAGGAGCUGCACCUCAACCCCCUCAGAUGGGACUUCGCGAGGGACGACUACAUCCGGCGCUUCUGGGGCAUCGUGGAGGACUCGAACAUCGCGAAGCUGAGCCUGCCGGCGGACCCCUUCCUGCGGGACGUUGCCUUCCCGUUCCAGGCGGAGAAGUGGUGCCACCUGCGCUCUCUGACUCUCACUGGCUACCACCUCAGCUUUUCGUCGAAGGACAAAGGCCAGAAGUCGGUGCUGGCGCCCCUGCUCCGGGUCCUGGCCAAAGCGGCCAGCCUGCGCGUUUUCGAGCUUCCUUGGGAUGUUGCUGAGGGGGAGCGGGAGGAUGUCUUCGCCGCGCUGGCGCAGUGCAGCGAGCUGCAGGAGGUGUCCACGCCCUGCUACAAGCAGCUGGCCCAGCUGCGGGGCUGCGCCAAGCUCAGGAAACUCGAGGUGCACCGCGUCAACAUGAGUGACAGGGAAGGAACUGACGCGGAGAUCCAGGCUGCCGCUGACUUCUUCAAGUUGCCUUCUACUGCGGACCGAGUCGAGAGCCUCAGCCUCAAAUAUUUCCAACUGAGCGAAAAGAGAGUUCUCCCCCUCUUCCGCGCCCUCCGAGCUUUGAAGAAGCUGAAGAGCCUCUCGUUGGAGUUGGUCUGGGAAUUCCCGGAGAUGGAAGCGACACUGAAGUCGCUGCCGUGCCUUGAAGAACUGCGCCUCAUUCACGGGCAUUGGAUGUACCCGGAAACGGUGUGCGAAAUCAAGCCGGAGAUGGCACCUAACCUGAAGCUCCUCGAGCUGGACACCGAACAGCUUGAAGAGGACGAGCAACUUGAGUCCUGGAGAGACGAAGUGCGCUCGCUGGAAUGGGCGUUCAAGAAGAAGAACAAGGAUUUCAAACUUAUCGAUAAAACGAGCUUCUCUCCACCUCAAAGCUCCUUCUCCGACGAUUCGGGCGAUGCUAAGGUGUGCAAGUGUGGUGCCAAGGACGCGUCCUUCGACUCCGAUGGAUCUCCUCCCAAAUGCACAUGCGGUUUCUCGUCUGACAAUGACACUCCGUAGAGUCGUGAUUACUAUCAUCUGAUGUGGUUUUGUUUUAUUGUUCGAUUUAGAGAGGACUCUAAUGCGUGGUGAUGGGAAACUUCAGUGAAAACGUUUUUUCGACACAUGAAUCAUAAUUGUAGUUUGGAAGCGUGCUUAUUGCACACCUAGUUCAAUUUUUUUAAGUUUUGUUAAAUUGUGAGAGAAAGUCCUUCUCUCACUGUCAAGCUGUAUUGAGCUGGAACCUCGUCACAGACGAACCUCAAGCGAAUGGUGCAUGUGUUACCCAGUUUCACCUCUGGUAUCUGUUUUCUAAGAGUAAGAUACGUCAAAGGACGUAAGUUCAAAGUUAUCUGUUUACAUUGUCAAAUUUCUUCCUUAUUGUUGGGUUGUGUCGUGAAUAUAGUCUUCUGACAUGUUAGGAGGACACUAUUCAAUGCAGGGUGCGGAUUCGCUGAUAUAUACCUUUUUAAUAAAUUCAGGCUACCAUGACAUUGUAUUUUCUGCUGUGUGUUCUUGCUUUGAAUAAAAUCAUUAACGAAGACACGGUAA